GAACACUUGUGGUGAGAAAGUUAAAUCGGCAGACUCAAACCUCAGUCUUCAGAAUCUUCUUCCUUCACCAACACAGUCAGAAUAUUUCAUGUGGGCUUCUUAAAUCUAAGCCAUUAACAUGACUACAUUUUCUUCUUUUUUUCUAUGUUUCCUAAUAGCUGGGAUGUAUAUGACUCCAGAGUGUUUCAACAUGGAGAUUGUUGGAGGGAGAGAAGUGUCCCCUCAUUCCAAGCCUUUUAUGGCUUCCAUCCAGUACAGCGGUCAUCACAUUUGUGGGGGAGUUCUGAUCCACCCACAGUGGGUGCUGACAGCAGCCCACUGCUACUACCGGUUUGCCAAAGGCCAGUCUGCCAAAGUGGUUUUAGGAGCACAUUCUCUCUCAAAGAAUGAGGCCUCCAAACAAACGUUUGAGAUUAAAAAAUUCAUACCAUUUCCAAGAUUCACAUCAGAUCCUAAAUCGAAUGAUAUUAUGCUGGUUGAGCUCCGCAAGGCCGCAAAACUCAACAACCAUAUCCAACUGCUUCACCCAAGAUCCAAAAAUGAUAUUAGAGCUGGAACAAAAUGCCAGGUUAUUGGCUGGGGAGCCACUGACCCAGAUUGUUUAAGCCCCUCUGACACCCUACGAGAAGUCACUGUUACUGUCAUAAGUCGAAAAGUUUGCAACAGCCCAAGUUAUUACAACCAUGACCCUAUUAUAACUAAAACCAUGCUAUGUGCAGGAGACACCAGAGGCCAGAAGGAUUCCUGCCAGGGUGAUUCAGGUGGCCCCUUGGUCUGCAAAGGUGCCUUCAAUGCCUUAGUCUCUGGAGGUCGUAAAUGUGGUGAUGCCAGGAAACCUGGAAUCUACAUCCUAUUAUCCCGGAAAUACCAGACUUGGAUCAAAAGCAAGCUGGCCCCAUCUCAUCAAAACUAAGACUACAGAUGAUUUUCUUGGCUCUACCAGCUCCUUGGUUUUUUGGUUUGGGUUUUGUUUCAUAAUAUGUUCUAUAGGCCAACUUAUCUUCAGAGGUAGUAGCUGAAUGUGGUUCAAGUGGAGCACAGUUAGGAUCCAAUCCUGACCACUCAGGACUGAUUUUGUUAAGGAAGCAAGUUCUCUUUCACAUGUACCACUUAUGUAUUUCUACUAUGCUGAUUUUAUUCUGAAUAAAAAUUAGAAAACUA